GAUGACGGGCAAGGCGCUGGAGAUAGGCGUUUGUGCCACCGCGUCUGCAGGUUUUCUACUUUUUGGUUAUGAUCAGGGAGUCAUGUCUGGAAUCAUCACGGAACUAAUGUUCCUCGCCACGUUCCCAAAGAUGGCGGGAGAUUACAAACUCGGCUCCAUUCAAGCGCUCGUCGUUGCCAUUUAUGAGAUCGGCUGUCUCUUGGGUUCGUUCGUGAUCAUUGGGUAUGGUGACAAGCUGGGAAGAAGACGUGCAGUGCUUGUUGGUGCUUGUAUUAUGCUUGUUGGAACAGCCAUACAGACUUCUUCUACGACACUUGCACAGCUCAUUGUCGGAAGGUAUGUCUACAAACUGUCCAUUACGUGGUUGAAACCUCCUGCUAAACGGUUCACANGAAUUGUCACUGGAGCUGGAAACGGUAUGAAUACUUCUAGUAUUCCUGUCUGGCAAUCUGAAAUCGCACCACCAAAAAUUCGAGGCUUCUUGGUGCUCUUUGAAGGCGCUUUGAUUACGGCUGGAGUUAUGCUUUCGUACUGGAUCAAUUAUGGGUUCUGGUUCUACAAUGCCAGUUCUUUCCAAUGGAGGUUCCCUGUGGCCUUCCAAGCCUUUAUCCUCAUUGUGGGCAUCCUUGCAUUCCCAGAGUCACCUCGAUGGCUACUAAAACAUGGCAAAGAGAAGGAAGCAACUCAAAUCAUGGCACGACUCAAACAAUCCGAUGUCGACGACGAAGAAUUGAAGAAGGAGAUCAAUGAAAUCAAGCGAAUCAAUGAGAUUACAGCAGGCACGAAGCUUACGGUUAAAGAGUUCUUCUCAAAUGGACCAGACAUGAAUCUCUGGCGCGCCUCUAUCGCUUUCGCGGCUCAGGCUUUCCAGCAAAUUGGUGGAAUUAAUCUGGUCACCUACNUAGGAGCUUUUGUUGACGAAACGUUGCUGAUCAAAUCAGAUGCCACUGUAGUUUUCGAGGAUUCCCUAGGUUUUGAUCAUACAUUUGCCCGACUCUUGACCGGCGUCCUGGGAACUGAAUACUUCUUGGCCGCUCUAGUCGCUCUCUUCAUCGUGGAUCGCGCAGGUCGACGCCGCCUCAUGAUGUGGAACGCAGGAGGCAUGGGUCUAGCCAUGAUGGUCGCCGGCAUUGGUCUCUCUCAAGGAAACAAAAGCGGUGCCUACGCAGCCACAGUCAUGAUUUUCCUCUUCAACACUUUCUUCGCCAUCGGUUGGCUCGGCGUAACUUGGCUAUACCCUGCCGAAGUCACACCCAUCCGCAUCAGAGCCGAAGCCAAUGGUCUCUCCACAUCUGCCAACUGGCUAUUCAACUAUGCUGUCGUGCAGCUUUCACCCAUCAUGAUCAAUUCCAUCAAGUGGAAGACCUAUUUUGUCUUUAUGUGUUUUAAUUUUGCUUUUAUCCCUGUGGUUUACUAUACUUUUGUCGAGACUAAUGAGUACAAACUCGAGGCUUUGGAUGAGAUUUUCCAGGAGGCCCAUCGGAAUGGAGAGAAUCCUGUUAAAGUUGAGAAGAGGGUUCGCAAGGGCAACACUGAUGGAAUGGGAGAGAUGGGAAAGAGGCCUUCUGUAGGCAGCGAGAAACUCGAGGACGAGAAGAAGGAGGAUGUUGAUGCAGAA